GGUGACGUCACCGCGUCCGCGCAGCGGUGGGAAUUUCCUCUCGGCUCGUGUUAAAGGGGCGGAAGUCAGUCAGACGCUCGCCGGAGUUUCUAAACUCGUUUUCGGUCUCUGUCUUCCUCACACUCUCGGUUUGACUCCGCAGCAGCUCAGAGGCUGUAAAUUGGACUUUGGCAGUACCCCCUACAGUGACCCACUUCAACAUGAGUAACUUUAGCGUGUCCUUGACUGGACCUUCCCCCUGGGGCUUCAGACUACAGGGUGGCAAGGACUUCAGCAUGCCUCUCACCAUCUCCAAACUGACAGAAGGAGGAAAGGCAGCCAAAGCCAAGAUCAGCGUCGGGGACGUCGUGCUGUCUAUCGACGGCAUCGCCACGGAGGGAAUGACACACCUGGAAGCACAGAAUAAAAUCAAAGCCUGUACGGGAAACCUGAACCUCUCGCUGCUGAGAUCUUCCAGUGCCACUAAAACGGACACCCCCAAGGAGGAACCCCUGGAGAUCAUAAAGCCCGUGCCCAUCAGCACCCCCGCCAGCCUCGCCCCGGGCAGCAGUGCAUACAAUAAGACGGCACGACCCUUCGGCGGGACCCCUAGCACCGUCAGAUCAGUCAGUCCGUCCCCAGCCGCCCCCAAAGCAUCCAUCCCCUCCAUCCCCUCCGCCUCCUCUGCGUUCACCCCAGCUGCUCCGUCCCAGCAGCCUCCUCAGCCUCCCUUCCCACUGGGAGCCAGCCGUGCUGUGUCCUCUCCAUGCUCCGCCCCCAAACCUGCCUCUGGACACUCCCCCUUUGCUAACUCCUCCUCCACGUCCUCCUCUGGCUCCUCCUCGCCGGCGAGAGUGCUGGCUCCGCCCCCUGCUCCCGCGGCUCCUCUUCCGUCCGUCUAUAACACGCCCAUCAACCUCUACUCCAAUGAGAACGCGUGUGAGGUGGCCAUGGGCCAGAGACGCGGCCUGCUGGAGAGCAGAGCCCCUGGGGAACAGCACAACGGGACCGCCCGUAAGCCCGUGCUGGAGCCGGAGGGGAACCACGUCUCUGCUCCGAGUGACUCCAGUAAGAAGCGUCUGAUGGAGGACACGGAGGACUGGCACCCGCGCACCGGCACGUCUCAGUCACGCACCUUCCGCAUCCUGGCGCAGAUCACCGGCACGGAGAACGAACAAGCUCAGGAGAACCGGCCGGGGAAGAGCGAGGCUUCAGAGGAGCUUCAGCCCAGUUCUCAUGCCACGUCUUCAGUCAAAACCAUGAGUAAAGCGUCCGCUGGAGCCCCGCGGCAGGGCAACGGUGUCCCUCCAGCUUCAGCCAAGAGCAGCGCCGCAGGGUUUCCCAAAGCAGGUGCACCUGCGCCACAGACGGGCCCCUCGUUCGGACGGGUCAGCAACAGCCUUCCCAAGGGCCCGGAUCGACCCGCGCCUCAGCCUCACCCCAGUGACCAGGACGAUUCUCUGGUGCAGAGAGCCGAGCACAUCCCGGCGGGGAAACGCACACCUAUGUGUGGCCACUGCAACAUGGUCAUCAGGGGUCCGUUCCUGGUGGCCAUGGGUAAAUCCUGGCACAAGGAGGAGUUCACCUGCUCUCACUGCCGCAGUUCUCUGGCAGACGUGGGCUUCGUGGAGGAGCGUGGCUCUGUGUACUGCGAGCGCUGCUACGAGCAGUUUCUGGCCCCGGCCUGCUUCAAGUGCCAGCAGAAGAUUCUGGGGGAAGUCAUCAAUGCCCUGAAGCAAACCUGGCAUGUGCACUGCUUCCUGUGCACCGGCUGCCAGAAGCCCAUCCGAAACAACACCUUUCACCUGGAGGACGGCCAGCCGUACUGUGAGACCGAUUACUACACCCUGUUCGGCACCAGCUGUCACGGCUGUGACUUCCCCAUCGAAGCGGGCGAUAAGUUCCUGGAGGCGCUGGGCUUCACCUGGCACGACACCUGCUUCGUCUGCACGGUGUGCAGCACGAGUCUGGAGGGUCAGACCUUCUUCUCCAAGAAAGACAAGCCCUUGUGCAAGAAGCACGCUCACAGCGUCCAGUUCUGAGGACGGCCAGCGCCUCGCCGCUCAUAUUUCACUCUCCUCAGAUUUAUUUUAGUACAUGAAUGUUUUUGCGCUAAGAGAUAUAUUUGCUUCAGAUCAUGAGAUGGGGAUCCGCUUUAAUCAUUGAUCUGCCUCCUAUAUAAGGUUCAGUGUUGCAUUCUGGGUGUUUCGUCUGUUUUUGAGCGACUAUCAUGCGAUGCAGUGUUUUACUCAGAUCCUAACAAUGAUAGAGAAUAAUUCUGACAUGCUAAAGAUAUUUGACUUGUUAUUUUUCAGCGUCUGUAAGAGUAUUUUUCACACUGGUGAGAUCCGUUAAGUGCCGUCUCUCUCCUGCAUCCCGCUGCAGUUUGACCAAGCUCUCUUUAUGCAGGUAUAUUUUAUAUUUAUUGAGGCGGGAUGGAUGAUUUCAGAGGCUUUCCGUGUGUUUUCCUGCACUGACAGUGUCAGUGCGUUCAGAACGGUGAUAUUUAAUGUUUUAGGAGUUAUUUCUGUGCUCUUUUAUAUGUCAGGUUUGUGGGAUGUCUCACCGUCUCAGUGCCUUUAUUUCUAUUAAUAUACAGAAAUACUGUAUGUUUCAUAUUUAAGCAUAAAAGUAAUUCAGACUGUUUCUAAUCGUUAGCACUUUUUUUUUUUGAAGCUAAUAAGGGUUGGUGGUUCAUGUGCAUCUUUAUAUCUUUAUCUGUUCUAGUUUUCUGUAAUACACUUCUUUAUUUCUCAGAUGGGAUGAAAAAUAAAUCACUGUUCUUCUCAAAGUC